CCUGGAGAAGUGAAGACCUAAAAGCGGAAAACAACCAAAAGUGUGAAAAUUUUCUUUUAUGUGUACAUAUGUAUGUAUAUAGACACACAUAUGUAAGUGCAUAUACAGGUUACUACAGAUAUUUAAUGAGACUGUAAAAUUGAGCUGCAAGCAAACUGAAUAAAAAUAUUUAUAAGAAAUAGUUAAAAUUCACAUAGAAAGCGCGGGGAGGAGAAAAGAAAAAGAGAAUUUCAACCAAUUGCAUAUGUGUGUGUAAAAAGUGCAAAAUUCUUUUUAAUCAAAAGCAAGGAAGAAAUUUUUUAGUGCAAUUUUAUAUGUUCUAGCAGCUUCGCUUAUGAUUUAGGUGAAGCAAAAUAUUUUUUUUUUUAAGUAAAUUCUGUUGAAACGAAAGAAAAAAUGAUUUUUCUGUGGCUCGAAAACUCCACUGCAGAUGAAAUAUCGUUGAAAAAUAUAAUUUUGAAUUGCAUCACCAAAAGUCAUAACAAAACAACAGAUUGAAAAAGAUCAAGACAUUUGGACGGCAUACGCCAUUGUUGCUCAUAAAAAGAAAGAGGAGGGCAUUAAUUGUAAAGAUACACUAAAUUUUUGAGCAAAAUACGGAAAAAAUGGCUGAACAACAAAAACUUUCGCUGUGUCCACGUCUUGUUGAUUAUAUGGCAAUAGUGGGUGCACGCACUACACCGCCCAUCCCGAAAGGUUUGCCAGGAAAUAAGACACCGCCGGUGCAGAUACCAGAGCUGUUACGGCGCUAUCCGCCUUCGGAUCAUGCAGACUUCCCCCUUCCACUCGAUAUGGUAUACUUUUGCCAACCUGAGGGUUGCACGAGUGUAGGUCCGCGACGCACAGGAUCGGCUAUACGUGACAUGACAUCUUUCGUAUUUGCACUUACCGAUAAGGAUUCGGGUAAAACUCGUUAUGGAAUUUGUGUCAAUUUCUAUCGACCUAUCGAAAGACAUACGGCGAAUGUGGAACGCAGCGCUUUGGGUGGGAAUCAUGGCGCUGUGGGACUGGCACAAAGUACACGGGGACGUCGGAGUUCCGCCUUCAGACGUGAAUCCUGGCGCAAGAGUAUGGAACGUAGCUCAGACUCCGCGUUUAGUAGGCAAGUUAAUUCUAUAGAUUCGCCUGCACAAACCUCAUCAUGCACACAACACAAAUCCGCAUCUCACCAACUCAUAUCUGAUCAUGAUGCUAAACGAUAUAUUUCUUGUAAUAGUUACGGCCUCUUAACUUCUUCUAGCGACUACAGAAGUAACGUCGCGCCAAGUGAUUCGGAUCGUGAAAUGACAUCACGUCGCGACUCGGAUCCGCCAAACAACCAACAACACCAUUUAGCACAUGGCGCACAUAACUCACAUGGCCCGCAACAACAACAACAACAACAACAACAACAGAGUCAUACACAACAACAAAUACCGAAGUUAGGUUUGAUGGCGCCAUCCGCCGACUCCGAAUCGGGUGGCAGUCAUUCGCCAUCACCGCGCGCCUCACGAAAGCGCACCAAACUACGCAAUCAAUCACUCACCUCGCUCUGCAUCAUCUCGCAUCACCCCUUCUUCUCCACCUUCCGUGAAUGUUUGUUCAUACUGAAGAAAUUGAUCGAUGCCUGCAACGAGUCGUCAUCACCGAAACGGUUGGGCGCUUCGCAGAAGGUGAAUCGUGACAAUGUAUGGACGGUGUUGACGGGACAUUCGAGCGCCGACUCUACCUCAUCGAUUGUGUUGCACGAUGUGCGCGAGAUCGAGACGUGGAUAUUGCGUUUGCUCUCCACUCCGGUUCCUGUGCCGGGCUCCACGCGUAUAGAGGUCGAAGUACUCUCACCAACGGUGCAUGAACCAUUGCUUUUCGCUUUGCCAGAUCACACGCGUUUCUCGCUUGUCGACUUCCCCUUACACUUGCCGCUAGAGUUGUUGGGCGUAGAGACGUGUUUGAAAGUCUGGACGCUGAUAAUGCUGGAAAAUAAAGUACUCUUUCAGUCACGCGACUACAAUGCGCUCUCCAUGUCGGUAAUGGCCUUCGUCACAAUGCUCUAUCCAUUGGAAUAUAUGUUCCCUGUGAUACCGCUACUACCCACAUGUUUGAGUUGCGCUGAACAAUUGUUGCUGGCACCAACCCCAUUUGUGAUUGGUGUACCAGCAACAUUUCUAAUCUACAAGAAGAAUUUCCGUUUACCGGACGACAUCUGGGUUGUGGAUUUGGAUUCCACAAAACUGACACCACCAACUGGCUUACAUGACGAUAUACCACCAUUGCCAGAGCCUGAGGGUACCAUACUCAAGAAUCACCUGAAACAAGCUAUGCAACUUAUGGAUGAUGCUGGACUCGGUGCGCUCUCUUCUAUGUCGGCUUCCACCCAAGCCGUAUCUGCACAACAGCUGCUACCAUCGGUACGCGACAGUCUUACAGAGCCCACACUACUGGGUGUCUCUCAAGUCCGUUUGCCGUUACAGUCGCCCACACAAUCGGCGUACGCUAGCCAACGCAGCUCAAUGUCAGCGCAGGGGUCACACUCAAGGCAACCGAGUCCCAUGAACUCGCCCGCAUUGAAUCCGUUCAUUUAUGGCACGGACGUCGAUUCGGUAGAUGUCGCUACGCGUGUUGCUAUGGUACGUUUUUUCAACGCUCAAAACACUCUAGCCAACUUUGCCGAGCACACACGUACACUGCGUCUCUAUCCACGUCCAGUGGUCGCAUUUCAAAUCAAUAGUUUCCUACGUUCACGUCCACGCGCUUCACUGUUCCUCAAUCAGUUUGCUCGUACGCAAGCUGUCGAGUUCCUCGCCGAAUGGUCGCUGACACCGACUAAUGUUGCCUUUUUACGCGUACAAACUGGCGUUAUGGAUCCAGCACAAGUGGGCGAUAAGCCGAAAUGGUUCGCACACCAAUUGACACCCAUACGCUUUGCGGUGUGGGAUGAUGGUAGUUCGCUGAAUGGAGCGCUGCGUUCACUGAAACAAUUAGAAUGCCAGCCUACGGAUGAAAGUGGUUCCGAUUCGGAAGGUGCUGAGAGCUCAAGUUCCUCAUAUUCCUCGCUUAGUGAUUUUGUCUCGGAAAUGGUAUCGUCAGAUCUAUCACCGAGCAUUCACGAUGUUUUCGGUGCACACAACCGACCACACAAUGUACCACAAACACUCUCAUCCAAUCUCGACCCGGCUUUGGUUUAUCAUCCACCAAGCGCAUUACAAUAUCCCGAGAGCAUAUCUAAGAAAGUUGAGAUAAACGAAGACGAUGAGCUACAACGUGCUGAAUCGCCUAUGUCGUCCUCAUCCAGCCGUUCCGAUUUGAGUUCACCCAGUCGCGAUUCUGAAUUUGAAUUUCCUGCCAAAGAAGGUGCGGGCCCAUUCGAUAUGGCAGCACCUGCGGCCAUAAGAUUGGAGGCGACCAUACGCGCAGCAAGUAUUGAGCACGAAUCAGCGGAAGGUGGCGAACCCAGAAAAUCACCGGGAUUAGGACAUAAACAACCGCCACAACAUCAGCAACAGCAUCAGCGACAUGCCGGCGAAACGGAGCAUGCUGACAAGAAGCGACCGCCUCCAAUAACACCACCAGUUUCCAAUAUACUCGCACGCACAGGAAGCUCUGGAUCGAGUUCGAGUAGUCCUGGUCGACAAGGUUCACAAGGCUCACUCUUUGAGAAUUUCGCUCACCACGCAAAGGAUCUGGUACGUGAAACUACUCGGCAAAGUAGUCAAGAGGGAUUGCUGGCGCAAGUGGAUAAGCAACGAUCUAUGGAGGGUAGUAUACCAGAAGAGUUAGAUGAUAAAGUGCGACAUACUUUUGAAAAGCUCACCUUACAUGCCAAGAAAGCUGCGGGCGAAGCUUCUAAACAAGCGCUGGAAGUUUCCAAACAGGCCGCCGGAGUAAGUAAACACACCUUCGACGAUCUCACCUAUGUGAGCAAGUCAACGAUAGGUGAUUUGACAAAAACAGCCAAGGAAGCCGCCACCAAGAAGGGCAUAAUAAAAGUGGAUCCUCAGCUCCAGACGCCGGGACAGCAAAUUGCGACACAGAAACAAAUGCAGGGUGCAGGUGGCAAUUUCUUCUCAUCAAUUGGCAGUGACUUCAAUGGCUUGGCUUCGUCGACUUCGACCAUGUUCUCCGGCAUGUUCGGUGGCAAGAAAAAUCAACAAAAGCAACAACAACCACAACAGUCACUUGCACAAUACAGUAGCGGCAGCAUGCAACAGAAAGCUAAGUCUGGCAUCAAUUUCGAUCCAUUCCCCAGCCGCAAAGGUCUGGUUGAACGCACGCCACUCAUUAAACAUUCCGGUCCGGGACAGACGCAGGAAGACAUAACGCGUCAGCAAAAUCAAGAGCGUUCACAUAGUAACGCUGAGAAUCAAGCUUUUCUCAAAGAUAUCACCACACAGGUGUUGGCAGGCGAAGGUGUUGGUUGGUUGAAGAUGAAUCGAUUUAAGAAACUCAUGGAAGAUGAAUCAUAUCGCACACUUGUGCUCAGCAAACUAAAUAAAACGCUCGAUAAGAAAAUCAUGCCCGAUGAUCAUAUAGAUGAUGUGUGCGUACCAAAACCUGUGUGGAAGGGCAUGCUGAAAUGUCUGCAAGCAGUCACGGCUGGUUUCGAGGCAACAUUCGCUAAUUUUGGCCUUGGCGGCAUGGCUUCAGUGUUUCAAAUGAUGGAAAUAGCGCACACACACUUUUGGAGUAAGGAACUGAACGAAACCACCGAUAUGUCUACAAGUUUAUUGUCCAGUCAUGCGACGAGUCCCAGCGGUAGUCGCGAGAAUCUACGUUCACCCUCAAGUCCAAUGGAUUCGCAAUCGGGUCUGGGCAGCGAAUGGGCAUCGCCACAAGAGUCACGUAAAAAUUCAUCACAAACUGAUCGUGCUGGUCCAAUGAUUAAUCCGCAAGCAGCACAUUCGGCGGCAUCACGACGUGUCUCUUCGGCUGAGAGUCAAGAUGGUCAGUCCACUACGGAGAUGUUUAAGGAUAUGUUGGCGCAAAAACGUACCGCUUUGUUGAGCAAACUCACAUCUUUCGAUUCGGACGGUGCCGGUUCUACAGGUGCUCUCUCAGUUGUUAGUGAUCUCCUACCGGCUGGUAGUUUGAAUGUACGUAUGCCCGGUAGUUGUCGUUCAACGGUAUCCGAUACCGAAUAUGAAAAUACUACGACCUCGAAGGAUUCGAAACGUAGCUCUGGUAAUAUUUGGUCGGGCAAAUCAACACUCAGCGCUGGCUUUCGCUACACUGGCGGUCAUUUAAUCAACACUUCGUCCUCGCCUUCACCGGAUAGUCCGAGAAUAUACCUCUUCGAAGGCUUGAUUGGACGUGAUCGUUCGACUUUGUGGAAUCAAAUGCAGUUCUGGGAAGAUGCCUUCUUAGAUGCAGUGAGUCAAGAACGUGAUAUGAUUGGCAUGGAUCAGGGUCCCAUGGAAAUGAUGGAGCGUUACAAAUCACUCAGCGAAGAGGAGCGCAAGCGUUUGGAACACGACGAAGAUCGCUUACUCUCUACGAUGCUAUAUAAUCUUACCGCCAUACUCGUUAUGCUGGGCGUCAACAAAGAGGAGAUACGACGUAAGAUCAGACGACUCUUGGGCAAAAGCCACAUUGGUUUGGUGUACUCGACCGAAGUGCACAAUGUUGUAGAUCAAAUAAAUAAUCUCAAUGGCAAUGACAUCGAUCUGAAACCGCUCGGUUCGAGACUACUGCAUCGUCAGAGUUUCACCGUGCACACCGGUUCAGAUGACUCCACACCGCUACUCUUUAUGGAGGUGCGAGACGAUGGUCUCGUUGUACGCUCGGUAGAUGGCACAAUAGUGGAACGUUGGUUCUACGAACGUUUAGUCAAUAUGACUUAUUCACCUAAAACAAAAGUACUCUGUCUCUGGCGACGUAAUGGUGGACAGAUACAACUCAACCGUUUCUAUACGCGCAAGUGUCGCGAUCUUUAUAAUUGUAUCAAAGAGUCUAUGGAGCGCAGCGGCACGCCUAAAAAUAUACCCGAGCUGGGUGGUGAAUUUCCCGUGCAGGAUAUGAUCACCGGCGAGGGUGGCCUUUUACAGGUGUGCUUAGAGGGUGUUGGUUUGUUGUUUUCCAACAGCAAGUUUUUCGUGCGUCUGGAUCACAUACGAAAAUGCUUCACCCAGAUGGGUGGCAUUUUCGUGCUGGAAGAGUUCAAUCCCAAAACGAGACAUAUUAUUCAACGAAGAUAUAAAUCUAAACUGGCUGACCAGAUUUGCUAUGCGGUUUUGUGCGUUUUUUCCUAUGUCGCCGCUGGGCAGGAGCAAAAGAAGAAUCCUGUUGUUAUCACACCGCAAAUACAGGAUAUACAUGCGCAGCAAAAACAGCAACACGCACAACAGCAAAAGCAAUUACAACAACAACAACAUCAGCAACAGCAGCAGCAAGCACAUCCGAGCACCAGCAGCGGCGCGACCAGCCCGCGUUCAAUGCCACCACAAACGACGUCGAUGCCAAAGCAAACAGCAGCAGCGCCAACAACAACACAUUUACCACCAUCACAGGGUGCUGGAAAGAAUGCGACCGUCACUAUCCGCCACACCAUGCCAAUGCAAAAGCCCACAGUAACAACGUCAACGGUGCAGCCGCAUGCCCAAUUGCCACACGCUUCGUACGCAUCGCCAGCCACAAUCACCACAGCACCUGCCACAUCAACAGUGACCAUGGCAGGCGGCGUAAUGCAACAACAGCAUCAUCAAGCAAGCGGCCAUCAACAGGUGUCACCGAUUUCACCACUCCAACAGCAUCCCCACGCGCACGCAAAUCAGCAGCAGGCUCAUCAACAGAGUCCACCCGCUCACCACGUGGCCUCACACAGUCCAGUUAGUCGCACUAGCAGCAGCGGCAGCACCACCGGUCCGCUGCCACAGCUACCACCACGUGUGCCCUCACAAGCCUCCACCGAGAGCUUACACGCCUCACCAUCUGCUGCCAAAGCGCGUGCUCCACCCGUUGGUCCACCACCCGCAAUACCCCCACGCACCGGUGCUAUCGCACGUGCUGGCUCCUUACAAGUACACUCCGCAGCGGCUGCGGCAGCAACAUCUUCGGCAGCAAGCAAUGCAUUGUCAGGCGCACGUAACUUUGUACGCCAAAUAUCAGCCAGUUCAACGCCACCACAAUAUACACCCCAGCCACCACCGAAAUUCGUUAUACCCAAGCGACGCACCUCAUUGUCGCGUGCCUCGUCGGUGGCGUGUUCGAGUUCGGCCAGUGCACAAGCAGCUGGCGCGAUGGGUGUUGUAGGUGGUGGCGGUCAACGACCUUCAUAUGGCAGUAUAAGCAUGGGUGCGUCCCACCAACUACAACAACAUCAGCCCCAGUAUCACUACCAACCUCAGCAGCAGCAGCAACAGCAGGCGCUACAACAACAACAGCAGCAACAAUCGCCCGGUGCCAGUGGUGGCAACCAACACUGACGAAGGAGUUCGUUCUUUCGUUUUAGCAGCAGUGGUGGCGGCAGCGGUGGUGGCGGUGGUCAUGCGGGUGUUGAACCGCACCCACGUGGUGAGGUCUGUCGCACCAUUUGCAUUCCAUGGCUCUGAAAGAGCGAAAGCGACAAGGUCACAGACAAUAGUAUGCAUAAACAUUGGCUGCUUAACUUCUCCACUACUUAACUGAGCUUUACAUAAGUAAGUAAAUAAAAAGAUUUGAAAGAAAAAAAAAUACUGUGAGAUAUGCUGCAGGAAAGACUCGCACCUGCUUGCAAAUAAAGAAUCAUAAAAAUGUAAGAAAUAAUUUUUUUUUGGAAAUAUUUUAAUUAUUAUAAAUACUUUAUUUGGUUUCUCGAAAGAUUCCUUAUGGACUUUUACCAAGAGAAGGCAUUCACGUAAGGGUUUCAGAUACUCGCAUAUUGAGCGGUGUCAAGAGCUCAAUACUCGCUCGAAACUCGAAACAAAACGUUGAGCUUUAGGUAACUCGGAAUAAAGUAUUACCUAUUACGGUUUUACAAAUGUAUGAAAAAUUCCCACAACCUUUAGUUCGAAACCGAAGGUUGUCUCAAGAGUUUCAUUCGCUUCUGGGGCCUUCACGGCCCAAGACUUAAAGUUCAGUUAAUCAUGUUGCAGGGAUCUCAUAACUGGAUCUUAAAAGCUUUUUUAUAUUCUUUUUUUUUUACAAAAGUUCAAAUUAUCCUUUCUUAAACGAAUUCUUACAUGUAAUUUUCAAAGCCAAAUAAGAACCACGAACCUUGCUCUCGGAACAUUGAAAUGAGAUAUGCAGUUUAUUGCGCGAAGGCGGUCCUGAUUUUUCCACACUUGGUGAAAACAAUGAAAUUAAAAUUUUCUAAUAUAUCUUGUAAUCUUUUGGCACUCGAACUACAAAGGAGCAUUUAGCAGAUUAUGGAAUACAUGGAAAGCAACUAUAAAAGCUAGCAAGUUGGGUUGAUAUAAUGCGCUUAAUAACUUUUAUUUUUUUUUUCUUCUUUAUGAAAUAUUUUAUUCGGGUCUACAUAAGCUGAAUCCAAUUUCAUACCAAUACGAAGCUAAAUAAGGAUACAAAUUCCUCUUUCAGUACUUCAGUAUUUUUGAUGCUACCGUCAGUAUGUAAGGGCGCCUUCAACGCUAAGCCUUUCUUGGGGAUAGCAUAUGAAGCACGUCCGUACACGAAUUUCAUUCGUUUGCAGUCAAUUCCCACUCGUUUAUUGGAUUUCACAAUGAAUUUUAAAAUUUUUUCUUAAUAAGCCAGCUUUUAAACAAACGUAAAUUAAACUUGUUUUACGUAAGCUUUCCUUAGAGUAAAUGACGAGCUUUACUACUUUAGGUUAGGAAAAUCAAAGCUCCUACACACAGCAAUCUCUGUCAAAUCUCUUUCAUAAUCUGUAAACUGCUCAUGUCUCCCUUACAAUAAAUAACACCCUGAAUACAAUUAUCAAAAACACCAUUUAGCACUUCAAACUGUGAAUUCUCAUAAGAACAGAUGCCAUUAUAAAGAACACAUUUACCCUUUUAGUUAAAUAUCAUAAUUUAAUUUGAGUCAAAUUUACGGUCAUAUAAAAAAAUAUUCCAUUUAUCAAGGUAUUUAUAUCCUCUUAAUUGCUUUUUAGACCUCUUAAUUGUUAGUUUCCAUUGACUAUUUAUUUUUCCCAUUUACACGUAUGUAUGUGCUAUAGCAUGUACGAAUAACUGUAUAUUUUUUUGUUUCAAAAAAUAAGAUGGCUUGGAAUAAUUUUUUUUUUCGAUUUCUAUAAAUUUUAUUUUGAAGCAGGCUAAUGCUGUAGGAUGUGGUUCGAGUUUUGACUGCUAGUGUACUCAUUGCUUUAAAAUUGAAAAGGUGAAUUUAUUGUUGUAUAAAAACUAAAAAUUUACUACUAUAUAAAGCAUAUAUAAUCUUAUAAUAAACAUUUCUUGGCUAUAAAUUAUCUUGACGUUCUAUGUCCAAAAAAAAAAAACAGUUUUCUCUUGCUUCUACGAGUUUAAACUAAUUGAAUAUUAUUGUAAAUGUGAAGAAGAGGUAAAAAGCACUUUGUAAAUAUAUCGAAACAAGAACAAUAUUAACAAACAUAAUAAAACAAAUCUGUAUGUAAUAUGUAAAUAGGAUGAAUCGGUGACAGAAAGACUUAAAUAAGAUAAAAAAUAAUAUUAAGGAAUUAAACAAGGAACAUAAACAAGGAACAUAAAAAAAUUUUAUUAAGGAGAAAUAUAAUAAAUAAAU